UUUUUUAGUGUUAUGAUCAUGCAAAAAAUGAAACGAGACAACAAAAGUGUAAAAUAGAAAGUGAUCUUGAAAUGUUUCAUAGAAGAUUUUUGUUCACAGGAGAAAUGUGAAAUUUCUUAAAAAUCCAACAAAAGAGAAGAGUUUUUUAGUCUAACUCUAAUUAUCUACCUCUUCCAAGGAAGAAGAAAUUAAGUAGACUUUAAGUUAUGAUUUUUUGUAUUAAAAAAUAAAAAUACCGUGAGGAUUGAACAUAUACUAGAACUGAAAGAAGAAAUACCUAUUACCAAAGAAGCUGUUAGAUCAUUUUUGCUUUUGCAUAACUUUGCCCCAGCUCCAUCAAAAACAAACACACAAAAUUACGAAAAAUACACAUUUGAAGACUGAAAGCUAAAACAGUAUCUUUUUUAUGUAGGCAUUAGCAGUCAGGUAGUUUUUGAUGGUCUGGAGAGGGCUUACCCCUGCCUUUUUUUUCUUAUAAAGUUCUGUGUUGUAACAGUAGAAUCUAAAUAGUUUAAGAAAGCCUAAUAAUGACUGAAAAUUCUUUCUACUGAAAGAGGAUUACAACCAAAUGGCUGACAUUUGUUAAAUUUCAUCUUCGUAUUUUAUACCCUUAUAAUCUGCAAUAUGGGUUAGAAUGAUCCAGUUUUCUGACUUUUAUCUAAAAUAGUGAUCUAUAAUUUUACUAAUCAAUAUAAGAGUAAAACAAGUAAUUGCUGUUUUGAAUUGAAAACUUGCUUAGUUUUCAUUAUGUGUCAUAACAAGUAUGUUCUUUUUGUUCACAAUUAGUAAUUUUUGUUAAUCUCAUAAACAAUGCAUGGGAGUCUAGUCAUUUUCAGCAAACUGGGAAGAUGUGAGGAGUGGUAAAUGCUUGGGGGUUUUGCAGAAGUGCCUCAUAUGAUACCUUCUAUUCUCAGCAUAGGUUAAAAUUAGAACUAGACUGACGUUGCAUUGGAGCCUGCGUGAGAGUUCCAAAUGUUUUUGGUAGUACAGACAAGAUUUGUAACUUAUCUAUUCUCUUGUGCAGAAAGCAAUGAGUCAUGGAAAAUCUUUGAAAGCACCACAUCUUUGAGUAUUUUUCAGAGGGAUGCACCUAUUGGGAUGAUUGAAUAUCCUACUUUGCAGCUCUUCAGAAAAUUAUGUAUUAAUUAUCUCUCUAAGGAAAAGAUGACUUCAGAACAUUAGCCUUAUUUAUAAAUUGGGAUCCUGAAACUCAGGAGGACCCCAAGAAGACUGAGAGAGAGGUGUGAAGAACUUAAAAAGCCUUGAAAGCUGUUAUAUACGUUGAUGCAUCGAGCCUGAAAUUACAGUCAGAUUCCUGUGGCUGAACCUGAACAUGUAAGAAUCAUGACUGAAACUGCAGUUUGUAUUGGAUCAUUCACUGCUGUGAAGACACUUUGGGAAGUAAGAAUACAGAAGAUAAAUGAAGAAUUACGGAAGGAAAAGGAAUUCAGACAGAGGUCUGCAGGAAGGCUACUGCUUGUCUGGGAGGAGAGAGCCGCUUUAGCAAAGCUCAAAGAAAAAAUAAUUAAUGAAGAUGGAAGAGCAAUUUUAAGGAUAGAAGAAGAAGAAUGGAAGACAUUACCUUCAUGUUUAUUGAAACUACUCCAUCUCCAGGAAUGGCAGCUUCACAGAACUAGCUUGCAGAAAAUUCCUCAGUUCAUUGGAAGAUUUCACAAUCUUGUUGUUCUGGAUCUAUCCCGAAAUUCAAUAGAAAGUAUACCUAAAGAAAUUGGCCAGCUAACUAGCCUCCAAGAGCUGCUUCUCAGUUACAAUAGAAUAAAGUCUGUUCCUAAGGAAAUAAGCAAUUGCAUCAGCCUGGAAAGAUUGGAACUGGCUGUCAACAGGAAUAUCUGUGAUCUCCCUCCUCAGUUAAGUGAAUUAAAGAAGCUUUCACAUGUAGAUUUGUGCAUGAAUCAGUUUACUACCCUCCCUUCAGCUCUUCUCAACAUGCCAAAUCUAGAGUGGUUAGAUAUGGGGGGAAAUAAACUCCAGGAGCUUCCUGAUGCAAUUGACAGAAUGGAAAAUCUCCAUACCUUAUGGCUCCAGAGGAAUGAAAUAAACUCUUUGCCAGAAACCAUUGGUAAUAUGAAAAAUCUUAGUACUCUUGUUCUUAGCAACAACAAACUUAAGAAUAUUCCUGCUUGUAUGAAGCAGAUGACAAAUCUGAGAUUUGUCAACUUCAGAGACAAUCCACUGGAGUUAGAGAUCACACUCCCUCCGUGUGAGAAUACAGAAGAGGAGGAGCAACAGGAAAUGUACGGCAUUGAAUUCAUGCACUUGUAUAUUCAGGAGUCACUGAAGAAAACAGGAAAUUUGGAGUGUUGCACUUCUGGUCCUUCUUCUAUCAUAACUGCUAAUGAUUAAAGAAUGUAACUGAGUAGAAGAGAAUAAUGAAUAUACUUCUUCCUAACAAUGAGGUCUACAACCAGUCUCAAGUAUUCUUAGGGAUUUUUUUCCAAUAAUGAGAACUGGAUUGUGUAGUUGUAAUUCCAAGUGAAACUGGGAACUGUAAAACCGUUUUCUGAGUAGAGGAAAGACUAAAACAGUUUUUCUUUUUUUUUUUUUUUUUUUUUGUAAGCACUAAAUCUGCUUUUCAAGUGAUCUAGACAGAUUUUAGUUUGUCUUCUACCAAUUCCAAAUCUAUAUCCUAUAAUGUAGUUGGCUCUGGGACAGCAGUCAACAGGACAUUCUCCAAGGAUACAGCAGACUCUGUGUAAUAUUGUAGUGUAGCCCUGUAUCCUCGUUGUUGUAAAUAUUUGAUCCGUCCAUGAUCAAUCAGCAGUUUACAGAGGGCACCAAUCUCCUUUCGCUCUUCAACGGGUAGCCUAGUUUCACAAACAGGAGAAAAAACCAGCAUGUAUUAGGAGAAUAAUUUUAAUGAACAUUAGCACUUCUGCUUAGAAAAACUACUGAAAUCACUAUAAAUUCACUUCACCUCAGACAAGCAUCUCAUUUAAAUAUUUUAAAACUUUUGUCUGUGAAAACUGAAUUUUUGAAGUAAAAUGUUUUUAUGAGUAAUUAAAGUAUUCCUGUAAAAACAAGUCUUGUUGAGGACCCAAAACCAUUUCAUGUUCUACCAUAUGUAAUUUUGCUUUUCUGCUAGAGUCUAUAUUCUAAACAAAACAAAACAAAAAAACAAAACAACAUCACAUACCCUUGCAGAGUGUCAAAACCACUCUCUGUUUUGCUGUAUGGUUGGUCAUGUUCUUCUGUGUUGUUAGCGUGAUCUUCACUUUCUUCACUAGUAGAGGUUACGGUUUCUCGCAUGCCACAAGUGGCCCAGCUACUCAUUCUCUGAAAAUAAUGAAAUUCUACUGGUCCAAGUCCUACUGAUUGGAAGAACUCUCUUCCUACAUAGUGUGUCCAGUCACAUUUGUGAUGGCAACACAGUGCAAUAACAAUUCCAGCUACAGGCUUAACGUCUUCUUUGUUCCUUUCAUUAUCAGCUGAACUUUUAGCAGCCAUUUCUGUCUUAUCAUUCUUAGGACGUUUUGCUGCAGGCUCUUCAUUUUCUCCUUCACAGCAAGUUGCAUAGCUUUCUACCAAACAUCUCAAAGCGAGAUCUGGAAAAAAAAAAAAACAGAUAUACUGAAACUACUAGCAAUGACCACCCUGCCUUUAUUUAUAUCAGCUGUAUCGCAGCUGGGAACGUACGUCCCAAAAAGAAUAGAAGUAUGCAUCACAAGCCAAACAACAACUUUGAGAAUACUGAAAAAUUAGAAGCAUAGUUUGAAAACAUAAAACCUAAAGUGCUAAAUUAAUAUUAUGAAACCUCUAGAGCUCCUAAGGGCUUAUACUCUUGAGUUCUCUUCUUCUACCCAAAUCAAGUUGAAAUAUUUUGGUUAAUUGAGUGGUAUAUUGAAGGAGGAUCUCUUCCCUAUAAAACAUGUCACUAUUUGCUCUAAAAGUUUAAUACCUAGGAUAUACUAAUAUAUGCUUCUUAAUGUUUAUGUUACGUAUACUUUUUAAUAAUAUGUAUACUUCUUAAAUGUUCUGUAUCAUCUAUAACAGUACAUAUACAAGCAUUAGAGUUGAGAUGUCUUAAGUUAGUAGGCAUGUAAUUUUAGGAAAAGUGUAUUAGUUCAAAGUUAUGAGGACAGAAAAGAAGUUCUUACUUGUUUGGAAUAUGUACUUAGAGCCAAUACAGUUUUAGAAAGAAAAAUAUUUUAGGAUAGAGAUGACAGUGUAAAGAAAUAACUUUCAACAGUUGACAAGGACAACCCCCACCCCCCCAUUAUUUGUUCUACUCUGUCAUAAACUGAAGUACAAUUUGUGUCUACUAUUAUCUAUUUUCAGUUCCACUGCAGGCAACAGAUAUUUAGAAUAGAAUUCAUCAAUAGCGAGCUAGAUGGAAAGAAAAAGCAUAAAAACAGAUUAGAAAAUCGUUCCCUUCAGAAUGUAAGACAUAAUAUCCUAACUUCCUGCAGUUAACAAACAUGUAAUUCAUACCUGUGGCAGCCCCACACAAAUGUUUCCCAAUUCCUACCACAGGUAGUCUUUUCUUCUCUAAACUAGGUACCUUAUCUGGGAAAAAAACAAAACAA